CAGUUAAAAUUAUUAAAGGAUAAUUCUGGUUUAUUUCUGCCUGCUGGAUUCUCCUUUUAAUGCAUCUAUUGUUUCUCUAUGGGUCAUGCUAACUUUAACACUCUCAGCCUCUGUUGUAGAGAUUGAGGGAAAUGCCAACAUGACAGGAUUUAUCCUGGAAAACAGAGCAGCUUUCCAGAAUCCCUGAUUUUUACAUGAAUCAUCAUAAACAAAAUGUUUAAGUCUGAGACUAAAGACAGAAAUGAGCCGCCUCCUAUGGACAUUUUGCUAACUGCAUUCUUCUACCUGCCCCUCCAAGCCUCUCCCACUGUCACUUUCUAAAUGUGCCUCUGAUCAAGUUGCCUGGCAACAGGGUUCCUUCCGCCCACUGCAAUACAUUUAGCAGAGAACAUGGAGGAUUCUAGAACCUUCUGCUGUUACUAAUUACUCUGAGAAAUCAUCUGUCUGUUUGUCUGUGUGUGUUCAACAACUGUACAUUUAAUCCAUCUCAAACUGGGCGGGUUUGUCACUGGGGACCUGAGAAAGUGCAGCGUCACAUUUAAAGUCAAUCGGAGCGUUUUUGGCUUUAUUUUGGGUCGUUGCCAUUUGCUGGCAAAAGUAUGGCAUCAUUGUAUGUAUGACCCCAUCAGGUGACAUCAUACACUUGAUGAUGUCACUGAUAAAGCAACAGAGACAAUAUGAGGUGAUGCUCCUGUAUUGUGACAUCACAAAUGAUGAUGUCAUUUGUGAUGUCACAAUACAGAGCAGAGGCUAUAAAUACCUCAGAUGCGGUGAAGAUCAGUUAGUCCCGGAAUCCGAGCAACUGGUAAGAGAUUUACUUCGCACGAGUAGCUAGAGAGAAGAUCUGCAGCACGCAGCAAAAAUCCGUUCAGUGUUCUGUUGUUUCUAGAUUGUGUACUUUAUUUGUUUCUCUGUGAAAUGGCACAAAGAAACUGCGGAAGAGGCCGUGGUGGGUUUGAAAACCCUCCUCACCGUGGUGGCCACUACAAUAACAGGCGUGGCCCCACUGAAAAAGAAAAAUGGCUGUGUGCCUACCAGGACCGCAUCUUCAAGCUGGAGGACAAAAUAGAGGAGAUGGAGAAACACAUGAGGGAGCUCCAAGAGGAAAACUCUCAACUGCUCAGUCAAGUCCACAGCGAUAGCAGAAAGAUAAAGAGUCAGGAGGAACAUCUGCAGGCCUACAGAGAAAUGGAGGCAACCAACAAACGCCUUCAGGACAGCAAGAAAGAGUUGGAAGUAACCAACAAACGCCUCCUGGAGAGUAAUAGCGAAAUGGCAGUAGUAAACAAACGCAUCCUAAUGGCCUACAAAGAAAUCCAGGCAACCAACCAAUGCCUUCAGGACAGUAAGAAAGACAUGGAGACAACAAAUAAAUGUCUUCAGGAGAAUAAAAGAGUGUUGGAAGAAAAAAACAAAUGCCUCGAACAUACCAACGAAGAAAUAGAGGAAUCAUACAGACGUCUCCUAAAGUCUUACAACGAUAUCGAGGAAACCAACCAACGUCUUCAGGAGAGUAGUAAAGACAUGGAGACACCAAAUAAAUGUCUUCAUGAGAAUAACAGAGAGUUGGAAGAAAAAAACAAAUGCCUCGAACAUACCAAUGAAAAAAUGGAGGAAUCAUACAGACGUCUCCUAAAGUCCUACAACGAUAUCGAGGAAACGAACCAACGCCUUCAGGAGAGUAGUAAAGACAUGGAGACACCAAAUAAAUGUCUUCAUGAGAGUAACAGAGAGUUGGAAGAAAAAAACAAAUGCUUAGAACAUUCCAACGAAGAAAUGGAGGAAUCAUACAGACGUCUCCUAAAGUCCUACAACGAUAUCGAGGAAACCAACCAACGUCUUCAGGAGAGUAGUAAAGACAUGGAGACAACAAAUAAAUGUCUUCAGGAGAAUAACAGAGAGUUGGAAGAACAAAACAAAUGCCUCGAACAUACCAAUGAAGAAAUGGAGGAAUCAUACAGACGCCUCCUAAAGUCCUACAACGAUAUCGAGGAAACGAACCAACGCCUUCAGGAGAGUAGUAAAGACAUGGAGACAACAAAUAAAUGUCUUCAGGAGAAUAACAGAGAGUUGGAAGAACAAAACAAAUGCCUCGAACAUACCAAUGAAGAAAUGGAGGAAUCAUACAGACGCCUCCUAAAGUCCUACAACGAUAUCGAGGAAACGAACCAACGUCUUCAGGAGAGUAGUAAAGACAUGGAGACAAGAAAUAAAUGUCUUCAUGAGAGUAACAGAGAGUUGGAAGAAAAAAACAAAUGCCUCGAACAUGCCAAUGAAGGAAUGAUGGUAGUGAACCAGCUCCUCCAAGAAAGUAACAGAGAAUUGGAAGUAAUCAACCAACGCCUUCAGGAGAGUAGUAAAGAAAUGGAGGCAACACACAAAAGUCUCCAAGAGACGAUCAAAAAAUUAGAAAAAACAAACGAAGACCUCCAGGAGCAAAGUAAUAAAACAGAGAUAAGAAACCAAAACCUCCAAGAGUCUGUUAAACACAUGGAGGCAAAGCACAAACUCCUCCAGAAGAAGAUUGAUAAGAUAGAGGCCUUCAGUACUGAACUCCAGCAGCAGAAGGAAAAAGCAGAUACCAGCAAAAAGGUACUGGAGGAGGAGUAUAAUAAUCUGCUGGAGGAAAAACAGUUUAUGGAGGAAGAGAGAAAAAUCCUGGAGGAGGAAAAUCAGGAGCUUCAACUUCUGAGUCAAAAGACUAAAAAAAGAGGUUUCUUUAGUUUGUUCCAGAGGAAGACAGAGGAGGAGAAAAUGCAAAAGAAAGAAAAGAAAAUGAAGAAAGUGAAAGAAAAAGAGGAGAAGAAAAAGCAGCAAGAAAAAGAAGAGAAGAAAGAGCUGCAAAUGAUGGAAAAGGAAGAAAAGAAGGAGGAGAAAGAAGAGAAGAGGAAGAAGAAGAAAGGCGGUCGGAGCUGGUUCCACUAACCAAGUGUAGAAAAAUCACUAGCAUUAGGAUAAUUGGAUCUAUAAUUUGGCCCCAAAUUGAAAAGAAAAGAAAAAAAUAAUUCAAAUUCAAAUAAAUCAAACCAAAUAAACCAAAAUAAAUAUAUAUGUGCAUGUGUGUACUUCUCUGAAUCCUCUACAGCUGCACCACAUUCUGACUGCUGGAUGUUGCUUUUGUUGUACGAACACUUUUGUUUUUGAUUUGAACAGGAUUAAAGGUUUCUGCAGGUUACAAUAGCUUGAUACUUUAUUGAUCCUUUGCAGGAAGUGAUGUUGUUAUAACAGCUACAGUCACAUUAUAACCACAUAAAACAUUUGAGCACAGAAUCUAUUUGCAGAGGCGCUAAAUGUACUGAAAACUCUGAAGACGUGUGAAAAACAAUGUGCAAAAAUGUACAACAAAAAAGUCAUGUAAGUGCAUGCAGUGUGUAAAAAUGUGAAAAAACAACUAUGUAAUGUAAAGUUAUACUGUGUACAAAAUAUAAUGUGUAAAAAUGUGAAAAAACA